CUGCUAGCUAGAUGGGAUGUAGCUGCUACGCGAGAUUUCCAGUAACAUGAAGUGGGUCAGAGAGUGACAAACAAAGGCCGCCGCUGCCUGGGACCACAAAGCCCAGUGUAGCCGUAUGGUGAUCACGCUGUCCUGCAACCUUCUUGGGGCAAUCUGUUUCCUGCUACGCCGCUCCAUGCUUCCUCAGGCUUCCAGACUCGAUCCUGCAACAAGAAAAGACAAUUUGAAACUCCACUCAGCUACAUCUCCCAUUCAAAAGACAAUUUGAAACUGCAUCUUCAGAGGCAGGUCUCACUGACCAUGAACAAGAUGAAGAAGAAGAAGCUGCCUGAGCGGAUCCUGAAUCACAUCCUGGAGAUUCUCUACCUGCUGACGGGAGAGCGUGUGACUAACUCACUGACAGCGAGUCACAUGACCGGGGACAAGAUGACGACAGAGAGAAUACUGACCCACACCCUGCAGAUCAUUUACCUGCUGACAGGGGAGGUGCCUAUAAAGUGUGAUGACGUUGCCGUGUAUUUCUCUAUGGAGGAGUGGGAUUAUAUAGAGGGACACAAGGAGCUAUACAAGAACGUCAUGAUGGAGACUCAUCAGAAACCUCAGACCACUGAGAUCCCAGCGCACAAGGACUCGGGUGACGGUAACGCUGAGGUCAUAUUUAAUACUGAACAAACAAAUCAUUUAGAUCUAAGUCAACUGGAACAUCUGGAGCAGAAAAUCAAUACCAGCGCAGUUACAAUUAAAGUGGAACAAACAGAAGAUCUGUGUGCGGUAAAACCCCUUGAAAAUCAGGAGCAGGAAAUCUAUGAAGAUACUGACAGGAAACACUCCGAGGAUACAGACACAAUUACAAUUAAAGUGGAACAAACAGAAGAUCUGUGUGCGGUAAAACCCCUUGAAAAUCAGGCGCAGGAAAUCUAUGAAGAUACUGACAGGAAACAUUCUGAGGAUACAAUUCAAAUUAAAGUGGAAGAAACAGAAGAUCUGUGUGCGGAGAAACCCCUGGACUUUCAGGAGGAGGAUAUCUAUGUAUAUAGUGACAUAGAAAACCACGAGGAUACGGACACAAUUAAAAUUAAAGUGGAAGAAACAGAAGAUCUGUGUGCGGAGAAACCCCUGGACUUUCAGGAGCAGGAAAUCUAUGUAUAUAGUGACAUAGAAAACCACGAGGAUACGGACACAAGUGAAAACGAUGCUAAGAUUUCCUGUAACACUGAACAAACAGAGGAUCAGUGGCAAAGAAAUAUGCCAGAAGCUGCAGUGCAGGAAAUAUGUGACAAUAUAAGUACAGGUGAAUUUACAAACUCCAAUAGUCAUAGUCCGAGUGCAGAUGCUUCUUUAAAUCUUCUUGUAAGAACGUAUGAAGGAAAUUUAUGUUUUGAACCUGUGAACUGUUUUGCCUGGACAUCACUUAUUAGUGAUCAGACAAAUCAUACGGAAGAUAAAAACUUUUCAUGUUCUGAUUGUGCGGCAAGUUUUACUCUGAAAUCGUCUCUUGUUAACCACCAGAAAAUUCAUGCAGAGAAAACCUUUUCAUGUUCUGAUUGUAGGGCAUUUUUUACUCUGAAAUCGUCUCUUGUUAACCAUCAGAAAAUUCAUACAGGAGAGAAAGAAUUUUCAUGUUCUGAAUGUGGGACGUGUUUUACUCUGAAAUCCUCUCUUAUGAACCAUCAGAAAAUUCAUACAGAGAAAACAUUUACCUGUUCUGAUUGUGGGACGUGUUUUACUCUGAAAUCAUCUCUUAUUAACCAUAAAAAAAUUCAUACAGGAGAAAAGCAAUUUUCCUGUUCAAUAUGUGGGAAAUGUUUUAACCGUAAAGACAAUCUUGUCACUCAUCAGAAAAUACAUUCAGGGGAGAAAGAAUUUUCAUGUUACCACUGUGGGAAAUGUUUUUUUAAGAAAUCCGUUCUUAUUAGACAUAAGAAAAUUCAUUCUGGGGAGAAAGAAUUUUCAUGUUCUCAUUGUGGGAAAUCUUUUACUCAGAAAUCAACUCUGAUUAGGCAUCAGAAAAUUCAUGUUAAAGGAAAUAAGGGAAAUGAGAACUUAACCUCACCUCACCUGUCCUAAAUAAAAAAUGUACAUUUAUUUGAGUCAAGGUUCAUAAGAUGGAGCCCCUAUGUGCAGAUGUUGUAUAAAUAUUAACCAAAGGCCCUUAUUUAUGUGUUGAUAAACCCUUCGUUGAAAUGUAGGUACUGUUCAGGGCAUCAUAGUCAUGUGAUCACUGAUGUGACAGUGUUUCAAUUUAAAUUGACCAGGUGUACAGGGUAAGACCCAACAUUAACAUCAGAUCUGCAAAAGGCCUCCAAAAGCUCUUGUCUGGAUUAGGAUAGUCCCCUGGCUGCAAAAAUUGCAUAGCGUUGAAAUAUAACAGAAAGUUGUUGUUUUUUCUAUAGAAAAAUGUGAUAUUCUAAAUUUCUGCUUAUUUUAGAAAGUUUACCUAAUACAAUUAUAGAUCCACAAAUGUUUGGAUUAUAGAGUUGUGAAAAAAACAUGAUUGUUUACAACCUUGUUUAUUUCAAUAAAAAAAGAAAAAAUCA